CUCAAUUUCUUUCCCUCUCCCAUCACACUUGUAGUUCCUCCUCUUCCUCUCCCUCCUUCAUUAAACAGACCAUCAUGUCUGCCAACCACAUGAGGUUCAUAGCAAGAACGGUCCUUGUCAAGGACAACCAACUCGAAGCUGCUUACCGAACACUGGACAGAAUCCUGCGAGUCGACAAAGUCUUAGAACUGCAUCGCCAACGAAUGUACUAUGAGAAACCAUUUCAAAAGAGGCGCCGAAUUAGCUAUGAGAGGUGUAAGAGAAUCUACGACAACAGUAUGAACCAGAAGAUAGAGUUCCUAAUGAGAAAGAACCGACCUGACCCUUGGCUUCGAUAAACAAGAAUAUACUCCUGUGUGAGCCUGGGGAGCCCUACCCCUACAGGCAGAGAAGUUGGACUUUUGUGUGUCUAUGUGUUUGUUGUUUUUUUAGCUCCAAAGUCAGCCCUGAACUCAACAGAACUUACAAUCAAGAAUGGUCCAGGAGGUUCCAUCAAUGACCAUCCCAUCUAUUUAUGUUUAGCCCCAGGUCUGCCUUAAACCCAACAGAACUUAUGAUCAGAAGUAGUCCAGGAGGUUCCAUCGCCGACCAUCCUGUCUAUCUUUUGGGGAUGUCCCAUGACUGUAUAGAUGAGUGUGUUGUUGUUUAGUCCUAGGCUAGCCUUGACCAGACAAGAAGGCAGUUCAGGGGCUUCCAGCCGCGACCAUCCCAUUUUUUCUUGAAUUUUGAUACCAGUAACUAUACAGUUCAAUACUGACUUUAAAUAGAAGGAUGUGAUUUGAAGGACAUCUGGCUGCUGUUUCUAGCAAGUUGAGUCUUUUCCCUUAUUGUCUCUACCAUAUUUCUGGACUGAUUGAUUCACAGUUAGCAUUUUACCGUUUUUCUUAGAUCAUCUGGAUUAUUAUUAUUAUUAUUAUUAUUAUUUAGUUUCAAGUCAUUUCAAACAAAAACAACAACAACAAAAAAAACAAAUAAAGAAAUUACAAACAGAAGAGAUAA